AUGACCGAUGGUUCUCGCAAAGCCGUUUCCAAGUCGACAUUCCACUUCGUCGCAGGCCUCGGCUCCGGUCUCUUUUCAGCAGUGCUUCUGCAACCCAUCGACCUCCUCAAGACCCGCGUCCAGCAGUCCGGCCACCACAGCCUGACGAUUGCGCUCCGCGAGAUCCGACAAUCCCCACGGCUCAUACCGGCGCUGUGGCGUGGCGCCGUACCUUCUGCCCUACGCACCGGUUUCGGGUCCGCAAUAUACUUCACCAGUCUGAAUGCGAUCCGCAAUAAUGUUAGCCGGAUCCCUAUCCUCGCCGCUGAUGUGCCCCAGGUAGGGACGGCAGGCAGCGGCCAUUCGUCGUCGCUAGUCAAGCUCUCCAACACGGGCAAUCUGCUAGCUGGCGCUGUAGCGCGGACGUUUGCGGGCUUCAUCCUCAUGCCCCUGACGAUCAUCAAGGUGCGAUACGAGUCGAACCUCUACUCUUACAACUCUAUUGCCGGCGCAGCGCGGGACAUAAGGGCGACAGAGGGCCUACGCGGAUUCUUUUCCGGAUUUGGAGCAACGGCGAUUCGUGACGCGCCAUACGCAGGUCUAUAUGUUCUGUUCUACGAGCAGUCAAAGAAGAGGCUCAGCGCGCUGUACGGAACACCCCAAGCAGAGGACGGAGGAGCGCAUGGGCGCAUGGGCGUGUCGACGGCCGCCACGAUCAAUUUCACGUCGGGCGUCGUCUCGGCGGCCGCAUGCUCAGCGAUAUCGAACCCCUUCGACGCGGUCAAGACGCGGAUACAGCUCCAGCCGGGCGUCUACCGCAACUCGCUCGUCGCCGCGCGCAGGAUGGUCACAGAAGAAGGCGUGCGCUCGCUGUUUGAUGGACUGGCGCUGAGAAUGAGCCGCAAGGCACUCAGCUCGGCGCUCGCGUGGACGGUCUACGAGGAGCUGAUACGGCGCGCCGAAAUCACCUGGAGCUCUACCGCCAAGAGGGGCGAACGUGUACUAUAA